GUUGCUAUAGUGAGGUACGAUGCGCCAUUUUGAACUUUCUAAUUUUAUGAGUGAAAAGUCGUAACAUCAAAAUGUCAAAAACAGAUAGACUUUAUCAGCUGGAAAGACCACCAUUCACUUCUAGGGAAUUUCACACCAAGUUUACGAAUCUUGUGGGACCACUAAGUCUAUUUGAACCUCAAGAUGGAGCAGAUAUUGGAAAUGAGAAUCCUGAAGUUGAAAGACCAUUAACACCAAUUGAGGAUGCAGUCAAACGGCCACCAUCCUCAUUCAGUGCUUUGGCAAAGCUAGUUCAUCCCAGACUAACACCAAAGGAGGGAAUUACUGGCCUGUCUGUUAAUGACCAGCACCAAUUGAUUGGAAUCCUCAUGAAUGAAUUAAACUACAUUUGGCGAGAUGUACAUAGAGGCCCUCCAGAUCCAUUCUUGACGGGACAACAGAACAGAGAAUUACGAAGACGCCUUACAAUUGAGGUUGUGGUUGUUGUUCAAGGACUCUUUGUUAAAUACUUAGACAAAGCCCAGAAGCUUCACCAGAGAGGUGUGUUCAGCUGUCCUGCAAAUCUCAGUCGUCUCAAAACUCAACUGGCUUUAGAGGCAAAUAAAAGUCUAAAUGUGCUUAGCCUCAGACGUAAUAUUGCAGCAGACAUAAAGCAUCCAAUUGAUACAAGCACAGUCUCUAGCAAGUUUUCUUUGGGUAGAAUCCAACAUAUUCCUCCACCAAAGCCCUACAGACCUUUAGCAACAAGACAGGGAGAGGAUAAAAAGGGUAAAGUAUAUUUAACAAGAGUAGAGAAACAGCAGCAAUGGAUGGAUCGUGAAUUGAGUGAUCUGCAAAGGCAAAUGCCACAUUUACAGUCAAGUUUAUUUCAGAACAUUGGCAGUCAAAAUCUUCCUCUUCAAAAAAGGUCUAUGUCAGAUUCUGUUUCAAUAUCGGAAGAAAACCUAUCUGGAGAAAGAAGUGAUGAUGCAGUACUCAACUCAAUGCGACAAAAAUUUUCAUCAUUACCAGAAUUGUUUUCAAGGGAUGCUGUACUUGAAGAGCUUGGUGUCUUGCCAGAAGACAUAAAAGAUUAUGUGCUCAAGAGAUCCCAGAGUGAAAGUAAAAUUGUGGAAGAGGAAAUGGUUGAUGAGUGUGAAGAUGACAAGAUAGCUUCAAAAAGGUCUGAUAAUGCAGAUCAUGCCUCACGAGACCUCAUCAAACUUCUGGGCUCGUCCUUGUCAUCAAAACCUUCGGAAAGAGUUCAAGGGGAAGAAGAACAUGACGAUUUGCCUCCACUGUUACAGGCACUUGCACGGCACAGCACUAGUGACAAGGAAAGAGAUCAGAAGAAACAAAGGCGACUGAAGAGAAAAGUUGAAUGUAAGGACGACCCAGAUGAUGCAAGAAGUGUCACAUCCACAAUAGGGUCAACAGAGGCGUCCUCAGUGGCUGCUGAUUCAACUAUUCAGGAAGAAACUAUCACAGAAUUUACCGGUGAAGAGCAUCCUCAGCCUGCAGUUGUGUCACUGCGACUUCCUGAUAAGUCUGUGGUAAGAGCAUCAGAUGUCCGAGUGUCCAGCCGAGUCAACAAAGCUUCAGUGACACUUAAAAGAUAUCCCACCGUUUAUAAUGACCUCAUCGGGGAGAUUGAUACACCCACUGUUAAGUGGCUGGAUAAGAACCUGUUUAUAGGUGAGGAAAUCAAGGAAGUUUAUGAAGAAAUCACCAAGACGAUUGGGACUGAUCAUCUCCUAUUUGAUCAGGAUUCAUAUGUUGAAAGAACUGCGGAAACAGUAGACUUUUCUCUGUGCACCUCAUCUUCUUCCCUCUGCAAGCCUCGUGCGGAGCGUGUAAUGAAUAAUAAUUUGACAAAAGAUAUUCCUCCACCAUGGGGUAACAGUACCGCUGACAACUGGCGGAACAGCCCAAAGUUCGGUGGUCUUGGAAGAGAAGACAUCCUUCAGGCAAAGCUAAAGAAAGGGGAUGACAAUGGUCAUGGAAAUAAAUCCUACAACUCGUGGCUGGCUUGGUGGCGCAGCACCAUCACAACGGAUGACUUCCUAAAGUUUCUCUCCACUCAGGAAAACGACUACAUGUCGCUGUUGUUUCAUUUGUAUGAUUCUGAUCACGAAGCCGAUGACGGAGAGGAUGGAGACGAGGCUCGGCCAGAUACCAUUCAGAUGGCUUUGUUAAGCUUAGAGGAGGAACUUUUAGCUUAUCUUGAAGAAAGUCUUAAUACCGUUACACCAGACACGUCAACUAAACAGACAGUUGCAGCAGCCUCCUCCUCAUUGUCUCAUUCGGUUGGAAGUGCAAAGUCGGUGAGCACAACGUCCAAUUCCGACCGGCAGAGAAUGGAUGCAAGUUCUGCAGGUAUCAUACCACAGGCUGUAAGUAGGGCUGGUGCAGCAGAAACAGCCAGUACAAGCGAGGUGGGUUCACUGUCGCCUCAGGAUCGCUUGGAAAGGCUAUGGACAUUGGUAUGUAUGCCUGACGCACAGAGACUAGACAUGGCUAUAAAGUACAGUGCUGAACCCCACAGCAAUAAUCUUCUAGAGGCCCUUACCUUCUGGGAAAUUGCUACAGAGGUAAUCUUAGAUCGUGAGAGUUUAAUGACUAAGCUAGAAGAUUUUGAAAGAGCUGCUUCCGAUCCUAACAGAUUCUUUGCCAAAGAAAACAACGCCUCAUCUGCUUCACGAAUCAAGGAAUCCAAAACAAGGGAUUGGUUUAAUAAGCACCUCACUCGUAUUGAGAGUCGGAUUAAAAAAUCAGUCACUGAUGUUCAACGUCAUUUUGGCGACAUAGUGACAUUCCAGGGUCGCCCUUACCUGGAAAAAAUCAAUCGGGAUCGAACCGAAAUGUUUUAUUGGCUACAGCAGGAGCGACGACAACAUGUGAUGGACAGAGAACUUGUUAAGAUGAGGGAAGUCACACUUAACGCUGCUGAUCUUCCUCCAAUACAAGCACACGUGAUGUUGUAAAUCAAAUGUUUAUCAUUCUGUUGUGUUUAUAAUAAAAUUUGAUGAAAAUAUCUGA